GCAGACAGACAGACAGGCUCACAGUCUCUCUCCGUAUGUAUAAGACGGAGUCUUCACUCUUUCCCUUCUCUCUCACUCACACUACAAACACUUUUCCUCUCCUUUCUGUCUUCCAAGCGCGUCAUCCUCAACCUCCGACGGAUUCCGCGAACUCCGUCGUUAUCAGGUUUUGUCAUAUAAUUAUCUGCCUUGGCAAGGCUGCCGGAAGGCAGUACAGUAAUAGUAAUAAAAGCACACAUUUUUGGUGAAGAUGGGUUCAAGGGGAGGUGGAAAGCCUUUUGGUUCUGGUGCAAAUACGAGCUUAUCAUCCAAGGGAAAAAAUGUAGCAGAAGCCUCUGGUCCUGCUGUUGAACAGUUGAGUCAGGGUGUGGCAGACAUUGGUCUGGAUUCUGUACAAGAUGAUGGGGAAUGGGAGGUUAUUGCAAAGAAGUCCAAGAACAGAGCUGGAAGCAGUGCUGCAAAACCCUGGGGUUCUCAGACCACUAAUAACAAAGCAUGGGGAAAUCCUGAUGUGAUACAGAAGCUAGGCAUGAGGAAUAAUGGUGGAUCAGGAAGGAAUCCUGGCAAUGCCUGGUCAACACAGCCUGUUGAUCCUAGGGGACCAACUGGCAGAGGAGCUGCAAGGCCCCAAACAUUCAACAGGGGCAUGCAGAGCAACUACGCAGCCCCACAACCUGUAAUCCGUCCACCUCUGGAGCAUGGAUGGAGCUGGCAAGCUAGGGCUGGUGCUACUGCCCUGAGGAGUUCAGAAGAUCAGAAAAAUGAAGAGAAUGAUGAGGUCAAGAAGGAAAAUGAUGAUUAUGAUGACAAAGAUGAUGAAGAUGAUGGCGACUCCUUAGAUGAUACUGAUGAUGAGCUUUUAAGCGAGGAUUUUGACUCUGAUACAAGUCAACAAAGUCAUGAGACUCGCAAGAAGAGCAGAUGGUUCAAGAAAUUCUUUGAUAGUUUGGAUAGUUUGUCCAUUGAAGAGGUAAAUGAACCAGCAAGGCAGUGGCACUGUCCAGCAUGUCAAGGUGGUCCUGGUGCUAUUGACUGGUACAGAGGCCUGCAGCCCUUGAUCACACAUGCCAAAACAAAAGGAUCUAAAAGGGUAAAGCUACAUAGGGAGCUUGCAGAACUUUUGGAUGAGGAGUUGAGCAGGAGGGGAACUUCAGUUAUUCCAGCUGGUGAAGUGUUUGGCAAAUGGAAAGGUUUAAAGGAUGAUGAGAAAGAUCAUGAAAUUGUUUGGCCUCCAAUGGUUAUUGUUAUGAAUACUAGGCUUGAGCAGGAUGACAAUGAUAAGUGGCUUGGAAUGGGCAAUCAAGAGCUUCUUGACUACUUCAGUGGAUAUGCUGCUGUGAAGGCUCGACACUCUUAUGGUCCGCAGGGUCAUCGUGGGAUGAGUAUUCUGAUCUUUGAGAGCUCUGCACGGGGAUAUUUAGAAGCUGAGCGCUUGCAUAAGCAUUUUGCCGAGCAGGGAACUGAUAGAAAUGCUUGGGAUCGUCGCCGGGUCUUAUUCUAUCAGGGUGGAAAGCGCCAGCUCUAUGGUUACAUGGCACUGAAGGAAGACUUGGACCUCUUCAAUCAGCAUUCUCAGGGGAAGUCGAGGCUGAAAUAUGAAUUGAGGUCAUACCACGAGAUGGUUGUCAACCAAAUCAGGCAAAUGGCUGAGGACAACCAGCAACUCAUCUACCUGAAGAACAAGGUUGUUAAAGAACAAAGGCAUUCAGAACAACUUGAAAAAUAUUGUGGAAUAGUGGCUGAGAAGCUGCGGAAGACAAUAGAAGAAAAUCGCAUUGUGAGGCAGAGAACCCAAAUGCAUCAUGAACAGAACAAGGAAGAGUUGGAUUUCCAAGAGCAAUUUUUCAAGGAGCAACUCCAAACAAUCCGUGAUCAAAGAGAGGCAAAAGAAGAGGAUUUUGAGAAACUGCAGCAGGAUAAGCGGCAGCAGGUGAAGGAGUUAAAUGCAAAUCCUUCCAAUACCGAGGAAUAUAGAAGCAGAGUGGAAAAAGUUGAGGAAUUUAUAGAGCUUCAAGACAAAGAGAUGGAGGAGUAUGUGGCUGAGAGGGAUAACUUGAUUGAAGAACAUGGUGAGAAGAUGACUGCAAUGAAGCGGAGGCACUUGGAGGAAGAACUUGAAAUGGAGAAAGAGUAUGAUGCUCGGCUAGCCAGCCUUAUGAAGAAGUACACCCCAAACCAGGCGGAAGGCUCUGCCAACGUCUGAAGUUCCAAGGUGAGAGAAGGGAGGGGACAGUCAUAGAAAAGAACAGUGGCGUGAACUUUUAACGACAAAGCACUGAGAAAACUUUUGAGGCAUUUCCAUAUUUUCUCUUAUGAAUACACACAACUUGCAGAGAAUAGACCCCUAGGGAUAGAACCAUGUCCAAGAAAAAAGCCACUUUUUAUCAGUUACUGUUAAGACUGUUUUGAUGGGGCUUCGUGGCGGUGCUUGGCUUGAUGGAUGGUUGCAUAUUUCGAACUUUGUAAUGCGGUCUAAAAGUUUCAUGUGGUUGCCAGGCCUUUUCCUCUUCGUUGCAUUAUUUUUCUUUAGCUAGAGUCUGUUGAUGGAUGUUUAAUCAUGAGAGGGGCUGUUCAAUCCAUCCAUGGCUUGUUGUAGGCCAUUUUUCUU